UGUGCGAAUGCGACCCGUCCAGAGAAAGACAAAUGAAUGGCGUAUUUAUGUGUUUUAACGCGCAAUGUUCGCCUAUGUUCUCGAACUAUCGCGGGCCGCGUACACGCCGCGUUCUAAUCUGUGCCAAGUGAUUUAUUCUCAUACGGUAACCUCGAUCGGCCGAGCCUCGCUGUGUCGCAGAAAGCACAUUGUCACUCGGUAGGCGUUGUUGCUGUCAUUUGGCUUCCUUCGCCCCGCGCUGUUUUCAAUCAUUUCCACGCCACUCCUGUGUUUCUUACGUACUAUCUCUACUUCGGUGGUAGAUAAAUCGGUCACUCAUCAAUCAGCGAGAGACUUUAGCGAGGUGUUACGAGUGUUACGAAUGCGGAACGUCAGACGUGUGUAAGCCAAUAUCUGACAGAACUACUACGGGCUUUAUCUUCAUAGAGAGAUCACUACAUUGGAUGUAAUUCGUACUACCAUGUUUACUAAGAAGAAAAAGAAACCGCAGAUCUCUACGCCGACCAAUUUCGAGCAUAGAGUGCAUACCGGGUUUGACAAACGUGAGGGCAAAUUUGUUGGACUGCCAUUACAAUGGGCUUCGAUAGUGGGCAAUAACCAGAUCCUGAAGUCAACCAACAGACCAUUACCCUUAGUCGAUCCAAGCGAAAUUACACCUACAGAAAUCCUUGAUUUAAAAACUAUCGUAAGAGGACAUAACGAUCCUAGGUUAGGAAGGCCACUCACAAAUGAGAAAACUAUGGAAAACGGCUUACCUAAAACCAGUACAGUAGCUCGAUCUAAUUCUCUACGUUCUUCAAGCCCACCACGGUUGAGGCGAGAUUAUAGGCAUAACAGCAAUCUUCCACCAUCUGUUCCCGAGGGCCAAGAGAUAUCUUCAAAUGUUCAUCAAGGUUUCGCAAAUUUUGGCAAGCCACAUAACUACAUCGAUAAACUGAGACAGAACUCCCCAAGUGUUGGCAGUGGCCUAAAUUCCACCAGCAUGCAGAACAUGAUUCCAAAUCUACAAAAUCUUAAUCCUAACAUGCAAUCGUCGCCAAAUUUAACUCACUCAGGAUCGAACGUACCAAACUUAUCUUUAAAUUUUCAAAAUUUAAGUCCUAUUGUAAACUCGCAAAUUACAGUACAAAGCCCAAAUACGCCACAGCUUCCUGAUUCAGAAUUUCAUAGACUAAAUUCGCAAAUAGCCAUGACAUCAAGUCAAUAUAAUGGCAAUGUACAGGGUUCAACUAUAGAUGCUUCAAGAGAACAUCAAGUAGGCCAAAAUGUGUUACUACACAAGCUACAACCAAAAAUUUCACCAGUGGGUUCAAUAGCCUCGCAACGGCCACUAAGCCAAUUGAGUUCACAUAAUAUUAACAAAUAUUCUCAGGCAUAUAACAUGCCUGAAAACCCAUCUAAUCUACAAUCACACUUGAAGAAGCCAAUGGAAACUUCGCAAUCGAUGCAUAAUUUAUCGAAACCAAGUAUAUCGUCCACGGUGUCAGGUGCUAGUUCUACUCCAGAUCAGAACCAGAACAUGAAAACCGCUGUCUCCUCAGGAAAUUUAGCAGUUGGUACAACAAGCUCAAACAAUACAAACAAACAAACAGCAGAGCAGAGACUUACGCAUGAACAAUUCAGGGCUGCUUUACAGAUGGUGGUAAGCCAAGGUGAUCCGAGAGAAAAUUUAGAGAAUUUCCUAAAGAUCGGUGAAGGUAGCACAGGGACCGUAUGCAUUGCUACUGAUAAGAGUACAAAUCGUCAAGUCGCGGUCAAGAAAAUGGAUUUAAGGAAACAACAAAGACGCGAAUUACUUUUCAACGAAGUUGUCAUCAUGAGAGACUAUCAUCAUCCAAAUAUUGUUGAGAUGUACGAUAGUUUCUUAGUAGAUGAUGAAUUAUGGGUCGUUAUGGAAUAUCUGGAAGGAGGCGCAUUAACUGAUAUCGUAACACACUCGAGGAUGGAUGAGAGUCAAAUAGCUACAGUAUGCUCUCAGUGUCUGAAACCACUGGCGUAUUUGCACUCGCAAGGUGUUAUACAUAGGGACAUUAAAUCUGACUCGAUAUUACUUACGGCAGACGGCAGAGUAAAACUGUCAGAUUUUGGUUUUUGUGCUCAAGUCUCCCAAGAAUUACCAAAGCGAAAAUCUCUCGUAGGAACUCCGUACUGGAUGAGUCCCGAAGUUAUUUCGAGGCUGCCAUAUGGACCUGAAGUAGAUAUCUGGUCAUUAGGAAUAAUGAUUAUUGAAAUGAUCGAUGGUGAACCACCAUUUUUUAAUGAACCACCUCUGCAAGCUAUGAGACGCAUCAGAGAUAUGCCACCACCAAAAUUAAAGAAUUCUCACAAAGUUAGUCCACGUCUACAAGGUUUCUUGGAACGAAUGCUGGUACGUGAUCCGGCACAACGAGCCACGGCAGCUGAAUUAUUGCAACAUCCAUUCCUUAGGCAGGCUCAAAGUCCUAGCAUCUUGAUUCCAUUAAUGAGAGGCGCCAGACAUACAAAUUGUUAACAAGAUUGUAAUAACUUCGUAAGUUGGAAUAUAUUAGUCAACGCAGAAACUGAUUACAGCAAUAAUCAUAUCGACGAUGAUAUCAUAUUAAAUCAACAAUUUGUUCACUAACCAUAGUUUUUGGUAAUUUUCGAGUUAACUAAAAAAACGAUAUCUCGCAAACUAAGAAAUUUUAAAGUAAAUUUUGCGAUAGACACGAUCGAUCGAAUGACAACUGAAUUUACAUAAUAUCAAAUAAUUCAAUUGUAUAUACAAUUACUUUUCUCGCUAUCCAAAUCUAAUGCAUUCUUGUAAACAAUUCGGUUAACGAAAAUUAAAAAGAGAUCUUCCAGAUUCUUCCAUAUUUUCUUAUAAGAAGAAUUCUGACUCGUUUUAGGUCGUUUGAAAAAUUCACUAAAAAAAAUAAACAAGCGGCACUAAAACCUUGCAAAAUAAUACGGACGUCCUAUUAUUAAUUCAAUAAACAUUAUAUAAUCAAUACAUACUUGAUAGAAACGUUCAAUAAUAUUUUUAUAAAUAGUGAUAUAACAGAUAAGUAGCCUCCAAUGGAAUGUUUCCAAAUUGUUAUUAAUAAACAAUUACAUUAUUAUACAAUGAUACAAAUAUUUAAAAAUAAGACUGAGUGAAUUUCGUAACUGAGAUUUCGUAACUGAGAUCUUGUGUUGUAGCUCUUAUUGGUUUUUUUUUUGUUGAUUGUGCAUCAAAGAACUUUGACGAAAAGUUGAUAAAAAUAGUUAGAAUUGAUUAAUAAAAAUAGAAAUAAGAAACGAGAAGCCUCGAUAUAGCAAAAAAAGUACAAAUGAAUUCUAUUCAUUGUAAAAAAAAAAUUUCAAUAAUAAGAGUUUGAAUAGCGAGGAAUAAUUUUUGACUACUAUUGUUUUGACGCUUAAGAAACCUGAAAGUGAAUUAAGAAAUCAAUUAUAACGUGUCAAAAAAUAAGAUCAAUUUUAAAAAUUUUCAAGAAAUGAAAAAAUAUGAAUUCCCAUGUCUCAAGGUUCCUGUAAACAUAUUCUAUAAUUUUUAACGACAACGGUGUUAUCGUUACGUUAUGUUGUGCGGAUGUAACACAUGGUAGAAAAGCUAUGCAUCGACAACUUAAGGAUAACGACAUUAUCGUUAAAAAUUACAUUAGAGCUCUACCAAUGAACUAUGUAUAUAUUGAAAUGUGGACUCCAAUAGAAAUGGAAGAUUAUAACCAAAAAUUGGAAUACCUCCAAGAAAAAUGGAAAAUUAUAACCAAACGGUCGUUUUCUAUUAUUGUACACUGAGCUAAAAACAUUUGUUCAGCGCACAAAAGUAUGGAGCAAUGGAUUGCCGGAAAAUGUUUAAUAAUUAAAUAAUUAUAAACACACAAAGAUUAAUUAAAAAAAAUGAAAAACUGCAGUCAUGUGAAAGCAUUUGACAGCUAUCUACGACUAGUUGAUUGAAUCAAGAAGGUUAAUAAAACUAGUAAUGUUAUGUAGUAAAGAACAUGGAAAAUCAUUGACCUAUCAAAAUUCGCGGGACAGAAAAAUGAUCCCUAAUGAACCUGUCUUUUUGUUUCCCGGGGCACUAAGCAUGGCAGUUCACAUUACAGUAUAUAGUUCAGUGAGGACUACUGACUACUCGCUGUAACCGUUCUUGUUUAAUAAUAUUAGAAGUGGGAAAACGCAUGCCAAGACUUCUUGCGUUGUACGUUCAAAUAAAAAGAUAUAUUCACAAAAUGAUAUUUAUGAUCGAUUCAGCACAUUUGUAAAAUUGCC